AACAACUUGUCCCAAAUGAAGAGAACUCAUCUGUUUGUUGCGGGGGUUUUCUUGCUGUCCUCCUGCAGGGCAGAAGAGGGGCUGAACUUCCCCACCUACGACGGGAAGGACCGGGUGGUAAGUCUUACAGAGAAGAACUUCAAGCAGAUUUUGAAGAAAUAUGACUUGUUGUGCCUCUACUACCACGAAUCUGUGUCUUCGGAUAAGGUUGCGCAGAAGCAGUUCCAGCUGAAAGAAAGUGUUCUUGAGCUCGUGGCCCAGGUCCUAGAACAUAAAGCCAUAGGCUUUGUGAUGGUGGAUGCCAAGAAAGAAGCCAAGCUUGCCAAGAAACUGGGUUUUGUUGAAGAAGGAAGCCUGUACAUUCUUAAGGGUGAUCGCACAAUUGAGUUUGAUGGCGAGUUUGCAGCUGAUGUCUUGGUGGAGUUUCUCUUGGACCUAAUUGAAGACCCAGUGGAGAUCAUCAAUAGCAAAUUGGAAGUACAAGCUUUUGAACGCAUUGAGGACCAGAUCAAACUCAUUGGUUUUUUCAAGAGUGAGGACUCAGAAUAUUAUAAGGCUUUUGAAGAGGCAGCUGAACACUUCCAGCCUUACAUCAAAUUUUUUGCCACCUUUGACAAAGGGGUUGCAAAGAAACUGUCCUUGAAGAUGAAUGAAGUUGACUUCUAUGAGCCAUUUAUGGACGAGCCCAUUGCAAUCCCAGACAAACCUUACACAGAAGAGGAGCUUGUGGAGUUUGUGAAGGAACACCAAAGACCCACUCUACGUCGUCUGCGCCCAGAAAAUAUGUUUGAAAUAUGGGAGGAUGAUCUGAAUGGCAUCCACAUUGUGGCCUUUGCAGAGAAGAGUGACCCAGAUGGCUACGAAUUCCUGGAGAUCCUGAAACAGGUCGCCAGGGACAAUACCGACAACCCUGACCUGAGCAUCGUGUGGAUUGACCCAGAUGACUUUCCUCUUCUCGUUGCCUAUUGGGAAAAGACUUUCAAGAUUGACCUAUUCAAGCCACAGAUUGGGGUGGUGAAUGUGACAGAUGCUGACAGUGUCUGGAUGGAGAUUACAGACGAUGACGACCUGCCCACAGCUGAGGAGCUGGAAGAUUGGAUUGAAGAUGUGCUUUCUGGGAAGAUAAACACUGAAGAUGAUGACAAUGAAGAUGAAGAUGAUGAUGACGACGACGAUGACAAUGAUGACAAUGAUUCUGAUGAAGAAGAUGACAGUGAUGAUGAUGAUGAGUAGCCCCAACUCCAAAUGAAAACUCGCUCACAUCUACUCAUUAUCAUACAGCAAAAGGUGGCAACAAGCCACACUGCCCCACACCCAGCCAGCACCUUCCCCUUUUCCAACAUCUUUCCCACUCCCUUCUCAUCAGGAGCAGUACAAUUCAGCAAAUAUUGCCUCCCUAAAUCCAGCAAUCCCGCCCAGGAGGGACAGGAAGGGAAUUAUUCCCAUCUUGACUGUCUUGACUGUCAUGGAAACAGCUCUUGUUCUUUGCCAAACCAUCAGGGGGCCUGGCAGUGAAGGAAUCUGGCAGUUUGGGGAGAAAAAUUCCCUAACAUCUCUACUCAAGUUUACUGUUGUCUUUGACUGUGACAGUAACAGAAUUGACAGCUUGCUAACUUGCAAGCUUGGUGUGGCCUUAUCAUCAGUGCCCAGGGAAGAUAAAUGAUUAAUCCAUUUAGCCCCCAUGCCUAGAGCAUCAGUUAGGAUUUCUAUUCAAGCCACAAGUUUCCUUGUUAGUGAGGGCUCAGCCUUGGAACCAAGUUUAUGAAUCAGCUUCACUUGACUCUAUUAAACUUAUUAUUUAAAAUGUAGGUCAAACCAUGAUGAACUCAAAUCCAAACCUCUGAGAGGCCUUGAAACAUGUAUGUACGGGUGUCACCAUCAUUAUUUCUAGUAUCUUAGGAUACUGAGAUGGGGAGUUGAUUUGCUCUCUGAACUUCUCUCUAGAUGAUAUCUCAUAUACACACAGGAGCAGGGGAAAGCUGGAAGGAUUAAAGACUUUUAAUUUUUCUGAUGGGUUCAUGUCUCUGAUUAGGUCAGCUGGUUGCUAGCCUGAGCUGGGAUCUGGAUACCCUUUCUCUGUCAUUGCUAGUGGGCCUUUCCAUUUAGUUUGAAGGUUGGUUUAUCCAAGAGCCAGUGAACUCUGAUCAUCAGCACUCCCACCAUUUACCAGUGCAAUGAUAACUGGAGUUCAUAAUGAUGCCCUGAGGCAUUGAAAAGAAAAUCCCAAAGUGCCUUCUAAACUGUCAAAAAAAGUUAUAUUGUGCUCAGUAGUUUUAGUGUUAGGUAUGCAUUAUAAUGUUUUAAUUUAAUUAUCUCCUUUUAACAUAUGUAAGACUUUGCAAAUUCUUUAAAAAUAAGACAGUCCUUUAUAUGGAACAGGAAGCAACUAACACUGUCAUUAAACUCAUAUUUUGAAAAUACUGAAACUAUCUUGAACUCCUUUCUUGAUUUUCUGAUCCUGCUCAUUCUCUCUUGGCUUUGUCAUAUCUCUCUGAUCAUUCCUUCUACAUUUUCCUUUCUGGCCCCCACUUCCUCUGCUUUCCCUUUAAAAGUUGGUAUUUCACAGGUUCCCUUUCAACUCUAUUCACUCUUCCAAGGCAAAGACCAUCAACUACUACCUAUGUGAUAAUAAUCUCCAUUUCUGGGUCUCUAACUUUGACCUCCCUCCUUAGUUUUAAACCCACUCAUUCAACUGCCUCUGGACAUCUCGGCUUGGAUGAUUUGCACAAGAACAUCAAAAUCAACACAACAAUACCUGAAUUCAUUAUCUUCUGCCCUUCACUCAUUCCUCCUCUUUAGGGAGU